GGGCGGAUCUGGACGUCAAUGAGAUUGGCCCUGUCACGCCCCCCCGGCCGGAGCGGCCUCACGCCCCACGCCUCCCCCAGGGCCCCUGCACUGACUGGCCGGAGGAGGAGCCGCAGCAGCAGGGGGCAGCGAGAACGGUCCGGGACGAGUCCCCCUCUCCCCCUCCCCCACCACAGCCCACACGCAGGCAGAGGGGCCGGACCCGACGGGAGGUGGCGCGCCAGCUGCGGGGUCUCAGCACGUGGCUCUCGGCUGCCCAGCGAAGCCUGCGGGAGGAGCCGCCCGAGGACGACGUGAUCCUGGUGGAGCCGCCCCCAUCCCCUGCGCCCCGGCAGCUGCAGCUCAAAGUGCGGUGCCGGGCCGAGAUCCACCGCGUCGCCAUGGAGACGUCACAGCCCCUGCAGGCGGUGGUGGAGCACAUGGCCGGGAGGCUGCAGGUCCGGCCGGAGCAGAUCCUGCUGCUGCUGCGAGACACAGAGCUGCCCCCCGGCAGCACCCCCCAGGGCCUGGGCCUGGGCGUGGCCGACAUCAUCGGUGAGUGAGGGGCAGGGGGCUUCUCUUGGCACAGGUGCAAACUGGGGCCUCGCUGGCUGGGGCCGCACUGCGGGGCAGGGUCUGUGGGCAGAGCGGGGCAGGCGCGGACGGGCCGCGGUUGUGGGACAGGCGGCUCUCGGCUGGGGGUGUGAGCAGCAGCGCUGUAUGUGAGACACGGCGGGAGCUGUCCCACGCGCGCUGGGCAGGCCCAGCUGGAAUGCCGGGGGCAGCUCUGGGCACCGGGCGUUAGCCAAGUGGGGACAAAGGGGAGAGUCCAGAGCCGGGGUCCGAAACCCUGACCCGAGGAAGGUUAAAACCCGGGUGAGUUUAGACCCGAGCAGCCAGAGGGGUCAGCUCUAGCGAGGGCUGGUAUCGGAGCCAUGGGAAAUCCCGUCCAUGUGCCAGACCCCCUGGGGUCUCCCUCCCGCCAGGCUCGGCCACGCGGCCUCACCGCCUUGGACUGAACCUCUGGGCUCAGCCUCCUGCUUCCCCCGUGAGCUCUGCCCAGCGAGUCCCGCUGAGCCAGACCCUGGCAGAGACGUGCCCACGCUGCCGGGACGGUGCCCCUCGCCCAGCAUGGCAGGGACAGCUCCACAGCGCUGGCACGCAGUCGGGUGUGUUAGCUGGGCACGGCACAGGGAGCCCUUAGGGUAGCGCAGAGGGGUGCAGGUUACAGCCCAGUCUGUUCUGCUCAGCCCAGAGCCCCGCCAGGCUGUGGGGAGCCCCUCGGGGCAGGCUCUGUCUCGCUCACUCGCUCUCUGACUUCCUUCCUGAGUCUGUUCCCGGGUGAGAGCCCCCAGCGUCCACCUCACCCCUCCCAGCCCCUGGUUCCCCAGCCGGGGUCUGUGCCCAGCUUCCCGCUGAGAGCGUGGGGCCAGGAGUCAGGAGCGCUGCCAUCGGCUCUCUGGCCCCACUGCUGAUCUGGGGCGGUUUCAGCCAGUUCGUUAAUGACUGUUCGUUCCACCAGCCAGGGCGGUGAUGCGCAUACCCCGUGUCUUAGGCUGCCCUGAGAGCAAACUUAGUCCUCCCCUGGCACUGGGUAGCCGUGCAAAGUAUAGGGGAAACCGAGGCAGGCGUGAGACUCCUACAGAUGCUACAGAAAAUUCCCUGUUCGUCACAGGGAUCAGUUAUUCUCCGUGUUUGCUGGAGGCAGGACAGGCAGUGAUGGGCUCCGUCCACAGCCAGGGAGAUUUAGGUUGAAUAUUAGGAACCAGUGUCUAACCGUAAGGGGGGGAGCUCGGCCUGGAACAGGCUGAGGGAGGUUGGGGAGUCCCCCGCACUGGAGGUGUCUAAGAACAGGUUGGACAAACAGCUGUCAAGGCUGGCCCAGGUUUGCCUGGCCAGGGGCUGGGCGCAGUGACCCGUCGAGGUCCCUUCCUGCCCCACAUUUCUGUGUUCUGGGGGCGCCCGAUGCUGCACACGGCUUUCCAGCGGAGCUGUCCCGACAGCAUCUCUGCUGCACCCACCUGAGCCGUCCUGGGGUCCCCUUGCCUGCCCCAUGGCCGCCUCCCACUGGUGGCUCAUGGUC